CGUUCCUUGAGCAUCCGACGCCGCGCCUUUUUGGUGACGCUUUAGCUGGCGAGCUCAUGAGCCGCACUUGCUGCUGUCCCCACUGGGAGGAAGAUGACGAGGGUGAGAUCUUCUUGGAUUCCAACCGCGAGGAUGCUCGCUUUGACAAUCUUCCGAUCGUGCUGAUCCUCGUGUCAGUGAGCAUCUUGAAUACAAUGGUGGUCGUGGCCUCUUUCGUCUUCAAUUCCCUCUCUAUGCUGGACGUGGCCGUCGCAGGAGUCCUGGUGGCUAUCGUCCAUUCGCUCUACACAAUCAUUUGUCGAGUUGUCUUGGGCUCCAAGCACUUCUGGCAGCUCACCUGUGUCACCUGGGAGGUCCUUCUCUCAAGCACCAAGCUCCUAGGUAGCAUUUUGGUGCUCGUGGUGGUGCAAGUGGAAGAGUUGGAGCAUGAGGUGAAUGGCGAAACGACCAUGACGGUGUCCCGGCCAAUGUUCUGGUGCUUUUUCGUGCUCUCCUUGAUCGUCCCGAGGGCAGUGGUCUACGUCUGGAGCGCUUGCCAACAAUGUGCGCGGAGGCAGGUCUCCAAGAAUCGAAAACGCUUCACCGAGGGCGACUUCGAUCUGGAUUUGGCAUACAUCUCCGGGAGGAUUCUGGCGAUGAGCUUUCCAGCACAAGACCUGGAGGCGCAGUUCCGGAACCCCAUGGCAGAGGUGCAACGCUUCCUACAGAGCCGGCACCCCCAGCACCGCGUCUACAACCUUUGCAAGGAGGAACAUCGGAGAUACGAUGAGACCUCCUUCUGGCAAGUGAGACGCAGAAUCACCUUCUUCGACCACAACGUGUGCCCGUUGCGGCUGCUCGUGGACUUGGUCGAAGAGCAACAUAGGUUCUUGGCCGAGGAGCCCAAGAAUGUGGUGGUGAUCCACUGCAAGGCUGGAAAGGGGCGCACAGGGCUGGUCUGCAGCUGCCUGCUGCUGCGGGAAGGCUUGCAGACGAGUGCCACCGAGGCCUUGGAGACCUAUGCAGAGCGCCGGACGCACGACCGCAAAGGGAUCACCAUCCCCAGCCAGAUCCGGUACGUGAAGCUCUAUGCGCAGAUCUUGCGCGAAGGCUUCAUCCGAACUCAGUCGGUUCGCCUCAAGAGCGUUUUGCUUCAGAACUUCCUGCAACUGCCUGGAUAUCGGUCCUCCUCUUUUCAAGUGGAGGUCCGGGAUCACGAGAAACACGUCCUCUUCAGCUCCGGCUUCGGCUGCGCGGCCUUCGCGCGCCAGGCGCGCGUCGACUCGGCGGAGUCCAAUGGCUCCGAGACCUCCGAUGGCGAGGCCGAGUCGUCGCAGGGCUCCGAGGUGGGCUGUGCGAGCCCUCCACUCGAUGCGGGGGCACGCCGAUGCGUGGGGCAAGCAGAUGCGGUGGUCCUUGAAUUGGAGAUGCCGCUGCUUCCGGACGACUUUCAGGUGGUGCUCAGGCGUCGCUAUGCGACCUGGUGCGGCCUGUCGCAGCAGGUGGAUGUGAUGUGCUCCUUCUGGCUGAACAGCGGCUACGUCUCUGAAGAGAUGCAUCUUCCGCUGGCCGAGUUGGACUACUGCCGAAGCUUGCAGCACUUGUGUGUUCCUGUGUAUCUUGGCUCAAACGGGCGUGCAAACCCAGCGAGGGUGGGCUUCAGGCCUGCUGCAGGUUGCUUCGCAAUGCUUUGCACGUCAUUGAUGACCAAAACAAGAAAUGUGUGUGUGUAUUUCAAAAGAGAGACCCCCUGGCCCAAUAGGUAGACCAGUCUGCUUUAUUCCUUAUUCUAGGGGUCGAACUGGGAGGUCUCCCUAUUUUAAUACACAUCCAAAUGAAUGCGAUGAAGGCUUUGAAGCGUUCAAAACUUUAGGAUUCCAGAUGCUUGGUCGUGGGUGAUGUAGUCUAUUUGUCUCCUACUUUGUCUCCUUUCACCCGGUGCUGUGUCACCAUUCUCUUGAUCAUUCCAUUUGGGGGUUCUUUUUGGUCAUUACCUGAACACGGAAUGGCAGGAUACAUAACUCGAGAAUGACGCUUCGCUGAGAACCGUGUGCAUACAACGCUGAACACCUCCUACCAGGACCCACGGUCCGUGUGGUUAAUGGACACCAAUCAACCUCCAAGGGGCUAGUAAUAAACAAACAUACACACCCCCGUGAAAGGCGCUGGUACUGGUUCAGUGCUGAUGUUGUUGCUUUUCAUUCUUUGAUUUGAAGUUGGUCGAGCCAGACCCCUUUUUUGGACUUUUACAAACAACUG